AUGAACUAUCUUAAGUCAAUAGUUUCAGUAUUUAAGUUCCUUAAGAACAGCUUUAAUGAUAACUAUAUUGCUCCUGGCGGAUUGGCUGUAAUUGAAAAAGAAUUAUCAAAAGUUAUUCGCGAUUGCUCAGAACAAGGUAAAUUACUCAUAUUAAAUUUAACAUUAGAAGGAAAGGCUACUAUUCCCAAAAUAUUUCUAGAUGAAGAAAACUUUACAAUAUACACAAGUCCUUAUAAUGCUAAGGGAACUUAUGAAACAGCUCGUUCGCUUCCAAUCCCUUAUCUUCCAUUUUGUGGUUUAUUCCUUUGCCCAACAGCUCAAGUCUCUGAAGCUGUUUUAGUUGAUAAAUUUGUUACAAGAGAAGAUCUCAUUCGAGCAGAUUCAUUUUUCUUGGAGAAUCGUGAUGCUUUACUUGAUACUCGUACUCAAUAUCUUAUUAAACAUGAAAGAGUUACAGAACGCAAUGAUCAAGAUGACUUAUAUCAUAAACUCGAAAGAGAAACAUUAGAAAGACAGGAAGAGGAAGAAAAAAUGGAGCGUCUUCAACAAGAACAGCAGCAGCAAUUGAAAGAUUCCGUCAAAAUUGCCGCAGAAAAUUUCGAAAAAUUACCACCAGAGCCAGAUGCUUCCGAGCCAGGCGUUAUUAUACUAAGAUGCAAACUUCCAAGCGGUGAGACAAAAACAAGACGAUUUUUACCUUCUCAAAAACUUCAGUUGCUAUACGAUUUCGUUUUCGUGGAUAUUGCUCCAGAUGUUCCUGUAAUUAAAUACGGAUUUCCUUCAAAGGUUAUUGAAGAUUUCUCCAAGAAAUUUGAAGAUGAAACAUUUAAGGCAAAAGAUAUGGUUCUUGUCGAACCACAUGAUCCAUUUGAGUCAAAUAAUGAGUAA